AUGACUUCAUUACAAUCCUCCACGUUUUAUGACCAUCAAUCGCAUACCAAUGAUCAGCAGCAACCACAACAGCCACUGCAGCAGCAGCAGCAGCAACAACAACAACAGCAGCAGCAGCCACAACAACAGAGUUCCACAGGGGAAGUACCGCCACUGAUACCUGCUUCAUACUAUGCGACAUUGGACGGUGGUGUAUCUCCGACAUCAAGUACGACAUCUUCAUAUUUCGAUAACAUUGACUACCAGAACCACAAUAAUACACACCAAGAUCAAAAUCAACCACAAUAUCAGCACCAGCAACACCAACAACACCACCCACAACAACCUCAUCUUCAACAUAUUCCAUCCGACUCUUCAAUGAGCGUCCAUCGUCCAGCAACAACAACGAUACCAAAUGGUUCCAACUCAGAUAUACUCGACAACAACACGCCAAUAGGAGACAACAACAUGGACCAAGCAGUACCACCAACAUCCGAAGAUCCUACACCUGGCCCCAAUUCUGACCCAACAGCAGCAACCGCAACAUCAACAGAACAGCCAUUUUACGUUAAUGCUAAACAAUAUCAUCGUAUAUUAAAGAGACGUAUAGCAAGAGCUAAAUUGGAAGAAAAUUUAAAAAUUGCGAGAAUAAGGAAACCAUACUUGCAUGAAUCAAGACAUAAACAUGCAAUGAGAAGACCUAGAGGACAGGGCGGGCGGUUUUUGACUGCGAGUGAAAUUGCUGAAUUGGAAAAGAAGAAAAAACAAGAGGAAUUGGAAGUUAAACAGAACCAGGAGCAAAGUGGGGAGGGAGAAGGUAUCGGAGAAGUAGGUGGAACUGCCAACAACGAUGGUAAUAGUGGAGUAACUGACAGUACAAAUAAUACUACUGGUGGAGAUACAAACACCAAUAAAGGCAUUAAAACUGAACCCACUUGGGGAGAUAGUCAACAGACACAUGAAAACGAAGUUAGUGGAAAUGGGAAUAUAGUGAAGGAGGAAUUGAAUCAAGUUGGAAGUAAUGGUAUCACCCAUUCGACAGAAACAACCACUGUAAAACAAGAGCAACAUAGCAUAAGCUGA